UCGCGAGUUUGCUCACCAAGUUCAGCUGUCAGUCGAAACGCGUCGUUUCGGUACUUCUCCUGGUUCUGGCCUUUGUUUGCUGCACAUCGCUGCACAGAAGUAUUUUGCAUUUAUUGAACCAUUUGAUUUUUCACAUCCCUUUUUGGUUUAGCACGGAGAGCAGGGCAAAAGCGCCUGUUUGCAGCAAGCACACAUACGCACCAAGCGAUGGCCACUGUGAUACGGCUCAAGCGACGAGUGGAUGAGGAUCCGUUGAAUGCGUUCGUGCUGAAUUGCAAGCGACAGCGCGUCGAGGGUGAUACGGGCGAUGAAGACUCCAAUGCUAACGCUACUGAUGCUGCUGGUGCUGCUGCUGCUGGUACUUCGACCAUUCUAAAGUUUGCUGGCACAUUCACUAAGGCCGAAGGUAUCGCUUCGCACAUACAAAACAUUCAUAAGGAUCAGGCGAAGGAUGCACUGUCCCGGGUACACCGACCGAACAUAACCUCCCGGAACCGGUUGGCAACGAAACAGACCGCACAAAACAGCCGGUUCAAAAUCGUCAACUGCACACGCGCGAUCGCAAACGUCGACAGUGACCCGUCGAGCGACACCCGUCCGAUCACGACGACGAUCGUGGACGUGGAACGGGAAGUUGCCCGGCUAGACAGUACGAGUGACGCACUACCGCACAUGCCCGCACUGGCCAGCGUUGCGCCGGAUAUUGUAAACUCGGUGACGGCUGCAGCGGCAGGGUCGAAUCUGCAGCAAGAGCAUCAGCAACAGCACCAACAGCCGGAACAGCUGCCAUACUUUAACGAAAACGGUGUACAUUACGUCUACGAUCUGUACGUAGCGGACGCGAGCCAGAAUGUGACGCACAUUCCCUACUACAUCGACAAUCUGGACGAUCUCAGCGUCAUGGUGUGUGAUGAUCCACUCUACGCGUCCCAUCGGGGUCUCGAUUCGGACGAUUCGAGCGAGGUCGAUUCGGAAGAUUCUAACGCGGAGGACAACUGGCGCAAUGAUUAUCCGGACGAGGAUGAGGGGGAAAGUAUCGGCGACGAGGAUAUGGUGCGCGCGGUGGAGGAUCUUGAUCUAGAUGGAGAAAGGGAACUAUCGUCGGACGAUGACCCAGUGCUGUACGACGACGGGGCGGUGGAGGAGGACGGAGAGGAUGGGUUUGUCUACCCGCGGCACGACGAUGUCUUGUACACGGACGAGGAGGAAGAUUCGGACAGUGAGGCGGAGGGUGUUAACCGGGAUGAUGUUCGGCGGUACGGUACAGCUUACGCCCGAUACAAAGCACGGAUCCUGCGCGAGGAGAAACGUGGCCACGGCGCAGACAGCAGCAGCAGCAGCUCGAGCACGGAGGAGAAUUUCGAUCUGUACGAUUAAUGGAGAACUCACUGGCGGAUUCGUGCCCCUAGAGCGGGCUUCCAGUUUGACAGACAUGAUCGCUGGGAGAGGGUGGUAACUCAGCUCAUAAAUGGGGCAUACUUUGUAUGGUGCGUAUCUCGGGGUGGGAGGAAUCGAUCGGUCUAUCAUCUUGCUACGGCGCUCGCAUUCUGUCCGGUCGGUCAAGCGUUCGAUUCCUCGCCAGAAAGAGCGCUUGUUUUAAAAAAAGUGUGUGUAAAUAAGAAAAAAGAUUAUGCUUGCGCGUUAUCGCGGACAAACGUCACUUUACUGUGUCACAAUAUACAUGUAGCUCUGCGUAAAUGAGUGACCACUUAAGAGCGUGAAUGAGCGGCGUGCGUGAGCGCAACAUACUUUUGAGAGAAACAUAUUAUGAUUUCCUAUCAUCACCCAUAUUUCCUCACUGAAUUUCCUUGUUAAUUUACCUUUCCUUAGUCCGUGGGGGGGGAAUUCACUCUCCCCUCCUUCCAUGCCUUUGGAAAGGUAGUAAACAAUCUUUCACACAAGCAAGGUAGAGAACACCCAAGUUUCCACCCAUUUCCAUUCGCAAUCAGUUGGUUUGCUGUACGAUUGAGAUUCCUUGUGGUGGUACAGAGGUAAAAGAAAAAACUCCCCCCUCCCCCCUCCCACUCUUUUUAUGCGUGCAUGAAUUUAUGAUAAAUUGUAAAUAAAAUGUAAGCGUGCGUGAUGAGCUACCAGCACUCAGUAUGUGUACGGCACAACGAAAUAGUCUAAAAAUAAGCAAUUGGCACUCAUCACUCAUACAGAGAGGUUUCUUGUUUUAAUAUGUAUUCGAACCACUCACCGCCGGCUGUGCUCGAGAGCACCGCGAGCAGCGUAACGGAGCUCUGUGAACAUAUUUUCGGAGCAGAGAGUGGGUUCAAGACUCGUUUCCCCAAGCGAAUGGGAGGGAAAAAGUUUUACCCAAUACACAACCACCAUAGUAACAAACCAAAAAAAAAAACCACCCCACCCCCUUGCUUCUAUCGUGUUCAAUUUUAAUCAUUUCCAUGGUUCUAGUUGGUCAAUAGCAAGGCAAAUCAAUGCACAAAUUCCACGCGGAGCAGACGUAUAUAUCCCCUGUCUUGCUUCCGCACUAAACCAAGACAAA